CCACCAAAGCGGUCCCGCUGGCACAGUCUCGCCCUCACAGCCCCUUCUCCGCUGCCAGCCUCCUGCCCGACCGCCGGAGCGGUCCCGCCUCUGCCACUGGCCUCCUGCCAGACUGCCAGAGUGAUUCCACCUCUGCAGCUGGCCUCCUGCUCGACCGCCGGAGCGGUCCCGCCUCUGCCGCCAGCCUCCUAUCCGUCCGCUGGAGCAGUCCCACCUCUGCAGCUGGCCUCCUGCCCGACUGCCAGAGCGGUCCUGCCUCUGCAGCAAGCCUCCUGCCCAAGCGCCGGAGCAGUCCCACCUCUGCUGUCGGCCUCCUGCUCGACCGCCGGAACGGUCCCGCCUCUGCCGCCAGCCUCCUAUCCGAUCGCCGGAGUGGUCCUGCCUCUGCCGCCAGCCUCCUGCUCAACCGCCAAAGCGGUCCCGCUGGCACGGUCCCGCCUUCACGGCCCCUCCUCCGCUGCCAGCCUCCUGCCCAACUGCCAGAGCGGUCCCGCCUCUGCAGCUAGCCUCCUGCUCGACUGCCGAACCAGUCCGGCCUUCGCCGCUAGCCUCCUGCUCGACCGCCGGAGCGGUCCCGCUUCUGCCGCCAGCCUCCUAUCCAACCGCCGGAGUGGUCCCACCUUCGCCAUUGGCCUCCUGCCUGACCACCAAAUUGGUCCCGCUGGCACGGUCCCACCUUCACAGCCCCUCCUCCCCUGCCAGCCGACUGCCAGAGCGGUCCCGCCUCUGCAGCUAGCCUCCUGCUCGACCGCCGGAGCGGUCCCACCUCUGCCGCCGGCCUCAUAUCCGACCGCCAGAGCGGUCCCGCCUCUGCCGUCGGCCUCCUGCCCGACCGCCGGAGCAGUCCCGCCUCUGCCGCCGGCCUCCUGCCCAACUGCCAAAGCGAUUCCACCUCUGCAGCUAGCCUCCUGCCUGACCGCCGGAGCGGUCCCGCCUCUGCAGCUGGCCUCCUGCUCGACCGCCAGGGCAGUCCCACCUCUGCCGCCGGCCUCAUAUCCGACCGCCAGAGCAGUCCCGCCUCUGCCGUCGGCCUCCUGCCCGACCGCCGGAGCGGUCCCGCCUCUGCCGCCGGCCUCCUGCCCAACUGCCAAAGCGAUUCUGCCUCUGCAGCUAGCCUCCUGCCUGACCGCCGGAGCGGUCCCGCCUCUGCAGCUGGCCUCUUGCUCGACUGCCAGAGCGGUCCUGCCUCUCCCUCUGGCCUCCUGCCCGACUGCCAGAGCAGUCCCGCCUCUGCAGCUAGCCUCCUGCCUGACCGCUGGAGCAGUCCCGCCUUUGCAGCUAGCCUCCCACCUGACCGCCAGAGUGGUCCCGCCUCUGUUGUCGGCCUCCUUCCGACCGCCAGAGCAGUCCCGCCUCUGCAGCUAGCCUCCUGCCAACUGCUGGAGUGGUCCCGCCUCUGCAGCUAGCCUCCUGCUCAACUGCUGGGGCGGUCCCGCUUCUGCCACCGGGCUCCUAUCCGAUCGCCGGAGCCGGUACUGCCUCUGCCGCCGGCCUCCUGCUCAACCGCCAAAGCGGUCCCGCUGGCAUGGUCCCGCCUUCACAGCCCCUCCUCCACUGCCAGUCUCCUGCCCGAAGGCCGAACCAGUCCCACCUUCGCCGCUAGCCUCCUGCCCGACGCCGGAGCGGUCUCGCCUCUGCCGCCGGCCUCCUAGCCAUCCGCCG